UAUAGAUUAGCUUCAAGUUAGUGAUAGAGAGGGAGCUCUCACGAUCGAAGUGAUAAGUGCAAAAAAUGAGUGGUGAAACUGUGACGGUUAAGGCACUGCUAGUACAAGGAGUUAGUACAUUAGCCAUUUCUCUCUUGACAAGUCUCUCAGGAUUCAUAUAUGCAUGGCCAUCAUUCACGUUAGCCAACUUCAUGUCAAACGAGACAGUUCUAUCAACACCCAUGUCACAAACAGAGGUGUCUCUAUUGGGAAGCUUGACGAAUAUUGGAGCAUUGGUCAUUACGCCAUUUUGUGGAUACAUACUCAGCACAAUUGGUAGGAAGUAUGCGGCUAUGCUUUUUGGAUUGCCAUUUGUGAUUGCAUGGACAGUGAUAUCUUUCACAACUUAUGUGCCCCUGGUACUUGCAGCGGUUGGAUUUGCUGGCGUGGGGGCAGCUGGUCAAGCGAUAUCAGCUAUUUAUAUAUCCGAAAUAUGCCAAGAUUCCAUAAGGGGUGCUCUCGCAUCCACUGUAGCAUCAGGAUAUUUUGUUGGGUUACUGGUAUCUUAUAUAAUGGGUGGUUAUUUAAAAUACCAUCAAGUGGUGCACGCAUUUCUGUUCAUAUCUGUCCUUUAUAUAUUAAUGUUAAUGCUUCUCAAGGAAUCUCCUGUUUUUCUGGUACAAAAGGGAAGAAUUGAGGAUGCAGCGAAAUCAAUAGCUUUCUAUAGACAAGUUAGUGUGACAUCUAAAGAAGUUGAAAUGGAUAAAAAAAUUAAACUGCAGCUGGAUCCGAGAAUAGAAAAGAUCCUACAGACGAAAGAUAUUAAAGCUGCCGAGACAUUACUUGAUAACAGAACUAAGGAUGAAGAAUUAAAUAAUGAAUCAGAAUGGAAAUUUCUUUGCAAAUCGUCAUCAUCUAAACGUGCUCUCGUAUCAUGCCUGGUCAUCAUGUCUGCCACAAUAUUGAUGGGAACAAUUGUAAUUCAAGUGUAUGCUGAACCACUUUUCAAGGAGGCAUUACCGUCGCUGGAAUCGAAUUUGUGUUCCAUUCUUCUCGCCUCAGAUUUAUUGGUGGGAAGUCUGAUAUGUGCUUUAAUGCUUGACAGGCUGGGACGUAAGACUUUGUUGACCUCCUCAUCAGUUGCAUCAGGUGUUUGCGCUUUGCUUCUGGGAACGCAGCUGUGGUUCCACUGGGCACCUUUAUGGUGUACGGUGGUACUUAUAUAUUUAUAUUGUUUUGUAUAUAACUUGGGAGCAGCCGUUGUACCGUUUGUAUUACCUGCCGAAGUGUUUCUGCCAGAAGUCCGUGGUCUUUGCAACAGCCUUGUCUUAGCCGCUAUGUGGAUAAUGAAUUUCAUUACUCUCAUAAUCUUCAAUCCAUUAGUAAGCAGUUUAGGACUUGGUCCUAUAUUUUGCGGAUUUGCAGUUAUAUGUUUCUUUGGUGCUGUGUAUAGUCACUUCUGUAUUCCAGAAACUAAAGGAUUGUCAGUUGAUGCUAUACAGUUAUUAUUUUUGAAAAGUAAUUAAAACCUUUUUUAUUAGGCAUUAUGAGAUAAUGUUUAAAUAUUUUUAAAUGUUAUCUAAAUGCAAGAUAUAACUAGUUUAUGCUUUAGGAAUGUUUUUAUUAUGUUUAAAAUUAUUUUCAGUAAUUAUAUUACUAACUAA